AUGAAUGUUUGCAUAGAAGAUGGGGCUAUAUACCAGAUAGGGCAACAGAUUUUAGCAAACAGAACAUCCUGUAAGGCCUGUACAUGUUCUGAAGAUAAGGACCCCACAACCGGAUUUAAUACCUUUGUUUGUAAACCUGUUCUGUGCAUGAUCCAUUGCCCAGAGGGUUAUGAUUAUGAAGCAUCUAACAGUGAUUGCUGUGGAACAUGUGUUCAGAAGUCUUGCAUUGUGAAAGCUCCUGAUGGAUCCAACUAUGUAUUAAAGCCUGGAGAGUCACGGUUCCUGUCGGAUGACAACUGUACACGAUACACGUGUGAAGUUUAUGAAAAUACUUUUAUAACAUCGUCAAACACACAAGUUUGUCCCACAAUAGAUGCGAAGGAGUGUACAUCUGGUUUAUUUGAGAAAACUCCAGAUGGUUGCUGCAGUAUCUGUAAAGCUCCAAAAACAUGUAGAGUACAGACAAAUGUAACUGAGAUUACUCAGAACGGUUGUUCAGCGAACGUUAGUUUAUCAUACUGUGAAGGAUUGUGUCCAAGUUACAGAAAAAUCUCUGAGACGUCAUUUCAAAUGGAAGGAGAAUGCGUUUGUUGCCUGGAAACGGAGAUCACAGAGACAGAGGUUGAAUUGGUCUUUCGCCUGCUCUCGCGUUGGUCUUCUUCCGGGCGCCGCUGCUGUACCACUCUGCGCCUGGUACGCCCAGGCUCAGUCAUAGCCUAUGUCUUUAUUGUCCUCGCCAGCAAUAACACGUCGCUUGAUGUUCACCACGUAAAUUAUUCUCGUUCUUGGGUCAGUCAGCAGAUGCAAUCAGUAUUACAGUUCCUCGGAAAUUUUCCUAAAGACUUAAUUGCCAUUGUUCUGGUCAUGCCAGAAGCCGAAAGAAUCGGCAUCGUUCCUCCAAUCUUCGAAUCACUGACUCUGGAUUAG